AUGGCACCAAAAGGUCGGGAGCCCUCUCACAAGGGCAAAGGAAAGCAGAGCAACCCGGACGAGGCGACCAAAGAUAUGCUCAAUUUUGGUUACCCUCAACCUGUGGUCUCAGCUUUGCAAGCGAUUGCUACGAGGUCGACAGCCGGACUUUUCCGCGACCCCGUCGCUGUCGCGGCCGACCAAUCUGUGCAACAACUUGCACAGUCUCAGGCAAACGCCUUAGACAAGCUCGGAAAGCGUAUCAACGGCAACCUGAGAGCCAAACACAGCUUGCAGGAGGCGGCCACCGCUUGGCUGGGAAAAAUUGGUCAGCACCUCGCUGCCCUGACUUCCAGGUUGAGCACGGUCGCCACCAGACUAGAUCAAGAUCAGGCCGAAGCCAUUACCGCCCUUCAGCAAGCUUCGGUCAACCUGGAAGCCAGUGCACAGGAGCAAGUGGACAAAGCUCUGGGAGGAAUGGGCCCCAUUUGGAGCCAAGUCCAGGAGGCAGAGGUGAUGAGACUGGCGGCAUGUCUGCGGGCCUUCAGCGCUGUUGGUGGCGGCGAGGCUGCAAUUACAGGAGUAUCUUCUACAGGAGAUGCUGGUGGCCCCGGUAUGAGCAGCUUCGCGGCCCCUGGCUCUGCUAUGACCCGCUCGCCAUUGGGAGAGGCAGAUGGCCCCACCCUCUCGACACCAGCCAGGUCUUCCACGUCUGGCGAGGCCAUGGAUGUUUCCAAUCCGGAUCUUUCGGCAAAGCGCAGGUGGAACCAAAGGGGCAACCGACAUCCACGUCCUUCAAAAAGUCCUCGCCGCGAGCUGGAUUUAUCGGCCGAGCCCUGGCCCAGGGUAGCUACUGGACUCACACCGGACCGGCCACGGCGGCCCCGGACCUCAGCGGAAGAGGAGGAGCUUAUACCGGCGGUAGCGACCCCUCCUUAUACCUGGGCCUCUGCAUGGUACCACAUCUCCAGGCAUUGUUGGGAACUCGGCGCAGAAUAUGUUGGCCAUGUAGCCACAUCAGAUCCGCAGGAACAGGUGCUUCCGGUGCUUCAUCUCACUGCAGAUCCGGAACAGGUGGUGACGGAAGGCGAAAGGCUCUGGGGGGCCUUGCAGCAGUCCAUUCAGCAGUUAGAGUCGGACGCGGAUACUGGACGCUUCGUGGAGCAGCUCACCUUGUGGCUGGAAACCGUGCGAGAAAGACCCUUGGCUCUUCCGUCAGUAAGGCAAGGAUUACUCACCUUGGCCCAUGCAGUUUCCGGCAACAUUUACAGUGUGGACGGGUUUGGACCGUCCACCGCACAAGAAUGGCUUUUUCCUGCAGAGCUCCUUGCGCAAGAGAUUCCCUUGGUGGGUCUCCUACCCACAACUUGGGACUCGAUGGCCUUGAGGGUCCUUGUGACGAUGCCGUGUCCGAUGCGCAGAGUACCAGAGGACUUUGGUUGUGCGCAAGCAUUCAUCGUCAGUUCCACCUCAUCAGUGCAGCCUCUCCAGCUGUCUGCCAUCUCCCUGGCUCCGGUUGCGUCAUCUCUGUUCUCAGGAACCAUUCCUGCCGCGCAGUCCGAGGCCGACCUCAGUGAAGUGGUGGAGGAGCCUCCUCUUGUGCCGUGCCCACUUACCAUGCUGGCUGAUGAACGUCUGCACGGACGUGCUCUGCACCGACGCAUCCUAUUGAAUCUCGGCGUUGAGGGAGCAUUUGCCUGGUUCGAGGAGAACGUUCUGAUACGUGCGGGCAGUUGCUUGCAGCCGCUUUGGACGCGCAGGGUCGGUUCCGGGCUUUGCAUGGAGUUCUGGGGAGGUGCAACCCUUGUUCGGCACAUCUUUGGAGCCUCCCUUUACGUUAGCGUCCCCUACGGCCAGUGGUGGCAUUAUGCGCUUGUGGUCCCAUGCGUUUUGGACUUCCGCCCGACCGGGUGGCGCAUUGCGGCAGUCGACGAUGGUCUGGACCUGCCGUCGGAGUGGCCGAUGACGUGUCGAUCCGGCGGCUUUGGGAUCCUGCACAAAGAAACUGCGGUUGAAACAGGCCCCUUUGAAGGUUACCCGCCACAGGCUACUUCGCCUUACGAUGUUGUUGCGGACGCCUCUUUUGGAGAUAGGCUAGUUGAGGCUGGUGAUAUACCGGAUGUGUCGUUCGCCCGGCCAGAGUUUCCUGGAAGCCUCUUCCGUUGCGCUGUGCUAGGUGCCGGGUCCUCCUCGCGGUUUGUGAGUUUGGCCUGCCUGGUUCAGUCCGCUUGUGCCAUGCUCACCCAGAGCGAGCCGCCUUCUCCACGCUUCGUUAUUGAGUCCCCGAAGCCUGCGUUGGACUCGGCACGGUUAGCGCCUCCCUCUGCGCAUCAGCGGUUACAAACUCACUGGCAACAGAGCGCCUUGGAUGUUGGCGGCGCCCUGAGUCGCAUGUUCUUGAGUUUCUGGGGAUACAGCCGGCCCGUGAAGUCCGUAAUGAAAUCUUGCGUUUCGCCGGCACUUCAGGUGCACCUUGUUAUGGCGGCCACGACACCGGCCAUGGUGACCGUCAUCUUUGAUGCUGGUUUCGAGGUGUGGUGCGCAGAUGUUCCCAGGCACGCUUCAGCGUCUCAUUUGAUUGCUACUGCGUGUGAUCUGGCUGCCACUGACGCCCUUCAGCUUAACACUGAAAUCACACUCCCCUUGAGGCAUGGAGAUGUUCUCCCGGUUCGGCUUGAUGCCAAUAGGUUGCAGGUGGACCUCUCGAGGAAUGUCCUAGCCAGAGCUUCCACAUCCGCCACGGUAUGGCUCGACCCAGUCCAGUCGUUCUACAUCCUCACGUCCUCCCGAGGCUUGCAAGGGUUUCAGGUGGGUGCCGGUUCCGAUGUGCGGCCCUCCCUCCUUCGCACACUGCUCACGCCGGAAGAAGGGCCAGGUGGCACAUUUCUCGAGCUUCCCUCUAGGUCGAGCCUUCCGUUCCGGAUCUUUGUGCAUUGUCGGAAGCGACAAGACCAUGUGGUUUUUCGUGUCUCUGAGGCGUCGGACCCUUCCGACUCUGGGUUCUUUUUUCUGUUUUCCGGGACUUUUGACACAUAUGCGGAUUUUGCUCGUCGGCUGGGACAGUUGCAGACACCUGAGGCUCGCUGGAUCAAGGCGUUGAGGCCCUAUGGACUCACUGUCAACACAUGGGAAUCGAUGGCACUCACCCGGGCGGAGGGAGCAUCCUUCUGGUAUGUUCAACUCCAUGCUGACGUCAUGCGAGCCCAACUUCACUAUACGUCGGUCCAGGUGUCUGAGGCUUCAUUUCGCCAGGUUGCGGCUCCUCCGGCCCCGCGCCGCCCAGUUCCGGUGACCACCAGGGCCACGCAAACCCUUGCCGGGCCGGGAGGAUUCCCACAUGAGAUCGCUAUUUGGCAGACCUCCCAGCAACCUACGCACUGUGAGCCAAGCCUUUUCCCUGAGAUCUCCUCGACUCUUGCAGAUGUCUGGUGCGACGCCUGGCACAUCAAAUGCCUCAUCCCCUGUAUCCCGGAGUUCCAGGCUUGGGUCCUUAGGGAUGGUAGUCGGUUGAUAGGUCUCUGUACGGUUGACAUCAACUGGGAUCUUGUCUCCCAGGCCCUUCACAUCUCCACUUGGGAGCUUCCCCAGACUUUUGUGCAUGGGGAUGGGCUGCUGAUCCCCUAUCCAGAACCGCUGCACCAUGCGAAGGACAGGUGUUUGAGUGUCUCUCAUGACACGCCAGAAGCUGUUGCCUGCCUGUCCGGUCGUCGAGACCCACCGCCCGAACCCGGCCUGGCUACCCGCCCCUUUGGCAACCUCGGUUGGAUGCUUGGUAGUCUAUGUCUUGGGGGAUGGCGUGUGUGUUUGACGCUUUGUACCUUCCUUGUCCUUCCGAAGACACUGAGCGUCAGACUUGAUGAAGUUCUUGCGGAUGCUGCUGACGAUCCGAUUCCAGAGCCGCUGCCUUUUCGGGAUUACCUCGAUUUGACCCGCACAUGCACGAUGUCCUGGACCCACGAGCUUAGCCGGCAAGCCCUUGGUUUCUCUGUUCGUGCCCAGAUUCUGGGCGAGCACAUUCAACGCAUUGCUCCAGCCCCGGAAGUCCUCCUGCAUCUGUGGAGGCCGGGCCGAGGCCCUACUUUGCUCCAGGUGCGCCCACGGUGCCUCGCUCUGCAUUUGGGUAGCUUCCUUCGUGCCCUUGGCUACUCUGAAGGUGUGGAUAGCCUCCACAUCGCUUAUGACACGGGUCCACACGCCCUUGACCUGGUCCUGGUGCCUCCCACCGGCGGCACCUGGUGGAUCUUGCAGGACCAUUCCGGACGCGAAGUUCUUCGGCCAGUCGCCCGACACUACACCUCUGCUAUCCAUUUUAGACUGCUCACUGUCAGUCCGGAUCGGCACGCCCAAACUGUCUGUCCAGCCUAUGGGGUCCAACAACAGCCCUUGCUACCCCAGGGAGCCAGGGGUAGAGUCGUCCGAGACCUCCCGGAGUUGCACGGGUCUCUCUGUCAGGGUAUCCUUGGCUUUGCUAUGGCAGCAGGAGCUCGACGAAGCCAUGGUUCCCUCUUCGGGCUUAUCGCAUUCCUGGUGCAUAGUUUCGGGGUUGCGGCUGUCGUCUCGCCAGACGAGUCUAACACCCUAGGUGCCGGGCUAGCGGUAAUCCCUAGCCCCCAACCCCAUACCUUACGAGUGUGGACGGUAGGGGUUAAGCGCCCUGUGGACUUACCCUGGAAGCCGGAGGGUUACAACACUAGAUGGCUGCAUGACUUUAUCUGCAGCAUCCACGGCGUGCGGGAGGUUGGCCACUUCCUCUCCACCACUGGAGCCGCGGGUGACUCCGUCAUGCACCUCCUGUUUGUUCCACGUCUGAACAACCCAGCCGGGGGCCAGCCCCGUUUCUGGCUGUUCCAUGUCGAAGACCGCGCCAGUGUGGUGUAUGGCCACUACCCCUUUGAUUGGGGCAUCGCAUCUACGCAUGUGCAGGACAUCUAUCAGGGCCUUAAUGUGCCUAGUUCUAGGCCGACCCUUGUGAUCGGUUCCCGUCUCGUCGCCCCCAGCUGUCACCUGCUCGAUGUGCCUUCUGGUUCUAUUGUGCAGAUUCCAAUUGGAGCGCUCCCGAUGGAAGCUAGUGAUGAUGCGUGGGACCCCACACCCUGGGUGGUCCCCGGGCCCUUCUUUCAAUAUGUACCGGCGAGGGGGCCGGCUGGCGAAGACGCCAUCUCACCGGCCCAAGCUUCGAUUCAGGAACAAGUUCCGACUCCGCCGCUGAGUUGCGAAGUCGCCUGCCAAACAGAUAUGCCUCUUGCUGUCGACACCCCGCUGCUUUCGGCCCAGGGGGUGAGCGACCUGGCCAUGCAACUGCAUGGCCUGGCGGACUGCCUCACGUCCCUACCGAUUUUUGCGGUUGAAGCUCCCCCAGCGGGUCCUCAGUCCCCCUGCUCCAGUCACAACACUGCUCCCGUCUUUUGCGGCCCUCCUGCGGACUCCGUUGAUGCUACCGAAGGUGCGCCGGCGCGGGCUGCUUCACCUGCAGGGGAGACUAGUGCCAGCGUUGAGUUGGAUACCUCAGGGGCACGUCAUGGACCUUCCCGCCCUUACCUGUGUUUCCUGGCAAGCUUCUUGCUCACAGUGCGUCCUAGAGCGCCACCACUGGUGCGUCUCGUGUGGUUGGCAGCCUCCCUGGACGGGGCCUUUGGCUCCUACUUUACUCCGAAUGCCAGCGGGUCGGAAGAUGAAGAGGCGCACUCGGUGGAUAUCCCUGAAGGACACCGACCCGGUGACGGCGCCGCCUACCCCAGCCGGGGUGGCUACUGA